AUGGCCGUCAGAGCCUUUGCUCAGAUCCGCCAAUAUUUCACAAGGGCGAACCAGUCUCCCUUGGAGAGGAGGCUGGUCUUGAAGCUCGACUUUUUUAUCCUGACGUUUUGCUGUCUCGCAUACUUCACGAACUAUCUUGAUCGCGCCAGCAUAACCCAGGCCUAUGUCUCGGGCAUGAAGGAGGACCUGGGGUUCCACGGUGCCCAGUUGACCACUGUACAGACGAUAUACGCCAUGGGCUACCUAAUGUUGGUUGAAAAGCCCCUAGACUACUACCGUGAUAACUUAUUGUAA